CAUAAACUUACCUUGAAAAAAACGUUUUAGCGACUCCGCUGUCGAACCUUUCGAUACAUUCUAUUGUUUUCUUCGAUUAUGACGAAAAUCGAAAGUAGAGUUCCGAACAGCAAAAUGGCAGCCUCCAUAGAAGACAACGUGGAAAUUCGACAAAUCGACUUGAGUAAAGGUAAAGGCCUCUUUGCUAGUAAAGACUUCAAGAAAGGUGACAUAUUAUUUGAGGAACGGCCAAUUGUAUCUUCUCAGUUUCUUUGGAAUGAGUUUUACAAGUAUACAGCCUGUGAAUACUGUCUGAAGUCUUUAGAGACGGCCGAGGAACAAUGUCAACGUUUGACAGAAAACCCAGGUGUGAAUCUGCCCUACCCCGAGUGUUGUGAGGCCAAGCCUACUCAGUAUGUGAUGUGUCCACAAUGUCAGGUUGUGUACUGUUGUGAUGAAUGUCGAAUGGCCGCAUGGACCGAGUACCAUAGGACGUUAUGUAUGGGACCAUCACGACAAGAUGGAGAACACCCUCUUGCACGACUUGGAGAGGCAUGGAGAAAUACACACUAUCCUCCCGAGACAUCUAGUAUCAUGCUUUUGGCCAAAAUGAUAGCUAUGGUCAAACAGGUUGAUGAUAAAUCGUCUGUGAUAUCAGCUUUCUCUCAGUUUGUCAACCUACCUGUUAACAAAGAGGAGGAGAUAGCACAUAAACUGCUGGGGGAAAACUUCAAGCAACCAUUGGAACUGCUAAGACAGAUGUUGACAGAGUCUCUGUUUGAAGAAAAUGUCCAGCAGUGGUACACACCUGAAGGCUUCCGCUCACUGUUCGCCCUGGUUGGAAUGAAUGGACAAGGAAUUGGCUCCAGUGCAAUAAGUGUGUGGGUUAAGAACUGCGAGAAACUUUCAUUGUCCGACGAGGAGAAACAGAAACUGGACGGCUUCAUAGACCAAAUGUACGAGGAUUUGGACCGAGUGUCGGGGACGUUUCUGGACUGUGAAGGAUCGGGACUAUACAGGUUACAAAGUACAUGUAAUCACAGCUGUCUACCCAAUGCGGAGAUAACCUUUCCACAUAACAACCAUCGCCUGGCGUUAGUGGCAACAGAGGACAUACAGAUAGGGGAGGAGAUCUGUAUAUGUUACCUGAGUGAGUGUGACAUUGGGCGUAGCAGACACAGCCGACAGAAACUUCUCAGAGAAAAUUACCUGUUCCACUGUGGAUGUGCCAGAUGUCUAGCAGAAGCUGAUGAUGAAGAUGUGACAUCAGAGGAGGAGGAGGAUGAAGAGGAAGAGAUGACAGAAUAGAGGAGUCUAUGUGAUGUUAACAAGAGAAGAGCAUGCUGACAAAGUACAGGCCUGUAAUUCUUCCUUUGUUCAUGUCAGCCUCUUAGAUCUAGAGCUGAUAUGGUGAGAGUUCACAUGAACAUUUUCAAAUAUGGACAUACCAAUACGAUGUAGGAACUGCACAUUGUCCUUAUGUAAACCUAACAUUGACAGAAGUGUGGCUGCAUCAAGAAUAAAUUGUGAUGAAGGUCAUUAUGAUAUCAUAAAGGCAAAACAGGACUAUCUGAUUGAUCUUUGACUGUCUGUUUACAAUUGUAUAUACUCAUCAGUAAUCUGUUAGAACAAAUAUGUAUGCUUUGAAAAAGUUGACAGAAUGAUGCAUUUAAUAUUACUGACUGGGCUUUUCUUUCUAGUUAUUAUACCCUCUGCAAUGAAAUUAAGGGCUAUACUGGAAUCAGCUUGUCCAUCCACCUGUUCCUAGACAUGUUUUUGUCCAUCUUGCAAAUUCCAACAUGCUUUCACCUCCGAGCAUAUGUCAUGACAAAAUUGAAGGCACAAAAUAAACUAUUGGUUUCAGGUAUAAUCAAGUGACCCGAGCAUUCACUAGGCUAAUAACUGUCCUUUUAGCGUUAUGCUGCCGCACAAUUGUUUUGAUGUACAAACUAGUCUUGUAUCAUUGACAAGGGGGCAGGUACAGAGCCUUCAGUUUUAAUAUCCCAGGGGUGCAGAGAACAUAAGUACAUGUAACCACUAGAAUUUCAAGAAUUAUUUUUGUCCUGACAUGUCAUUUGGUUUCUAUCCUAUUAACACAAUAUAAAGUUUUGCAGAUAUAUCUAGAAUACUGGUGUCAUUGUUAUUGACAGAGUUAUUGCCCUUGUUGUACUUGCAUUCUGAUGGUGAUAUUGCCACAAUGAGAGAUCAAAGAUUAUUUGUGUCCUUAUCCACAGCAGAUGGUGUUCUGUGUACCCUUAUCUCAAGGUCAAGGUGUGUGAUGAAAAAAAAACUAGGGGACAUGUAUUUUUAUACAUUAUUCCUCAAUAAAUAAAUACAUGGUUUAAUUUCAUCACACAAAUAUGAUUAUGAUAUGUUAUUAAUGAACUGUAUCCUUUACUGUAUCUAGGAUUUAUGAAGAAAAGAAGAACUAUAUUCUGAUCAGUAUGUGUGAUCAGGGUUUGUGAAUUCAGAUGCAUUUAUUUACUGGUUAAUAUGAAAUAAAUGUGACUAUAUGUAGAAAUUAAUUAUAUAUAGAUAUAUUUAUAUAUAUGAGCAAAACCUAAACACAAGUUUAUACAUUCUUAUAAACAUUGUGUUUAUGGUAAUGUCAUCUAAUAUUACUUCCCUGUUCCAAGUUAAUGUUUUCAUGAACGGUGGACUUUUUGUAUGUUUUAAAUUUCAUUUUUUACUUUGAAUAGAUUCUCUACCAGAACGUUUGUAAGUAGACCUAAACAAUUACUGUAUACCAAUACAACAUUGAGAGGUCUGCUCUGACUUUAAGCCAAAGUAGAUUUGAAGCUGAAGUAAGUUUACCAUUAAUGUUGUCUUAAUUGUACUUUCACUAGACAUUUCCCUGUGAUACUGAUAUAUACUGAUUGUACUGAUGGGCUGGGUGUAAUGCACACUACGUAAUAAAGACAAAAUGAC